GCAAACUUCCAAAAAGACUUGCCCUUCAUUUCCAGCGGAUGCAGUUCUUCAGAAUGGUACCGAAAAAUAUAAGCUUGGCCGUUUCCUUGGAAAGGUAUGCUUUUCACGAUUCGCACCGCAUUCUACUCCGUUGAGAUGAACAGCAUCCCACACGAACUUCAGUUGAGGAUAUGCGUUGGGUGCCAAGUAUUGUUAAAGGUCCCUCCGAAACUCACAGCCAUCGCCAUGUGAUUACAACGAUCUACUUAUAUUUUAGUGAAUGUAUUAUGUGUAGGUCACUCCAAACAAGCAAAACCAUUUACAAGUUCUCUUUAAGUUUGUUCGCAAGUGUCGCUCCUGCUGGCGUCUAUUGUUCCACAAUGCACAAACGAAAAAUUUAAAUGGAUAUCUUGCGCAUGAUAUAGUGAUUCAGCAAGAAUGGAAUCUAUCGGGGAGGAUUUGCACAGUGCUGGGAAGUCCGCAAUCUGGAGAGUAACAGAAUUUCAGCCUGUAAAGUGGUUCACAAAAGUAUGCUGACAAAGCCACAUCAAAAGGAAAAGAUGCUACAGGAGAUACGUAUUCAUCGGAAACUUUCACACAAAUUCAUUGUGAAAUUCUAUUCGCACUUCGAGGACUCUGAAAACGUUUACGUUCUUUUGGAGCUAUGCAAACGGCGAUCGCUGAUGGAAGUGCUUAAGAGGCGAAGCCGGCUUACCUACCAUGAAACGCGAUAUUUCAUGCAUCAGCUAUUGGAAGGCGUAUCUUAUCUGCACAAUAUCAAUAUUAUUCACAGGGAUCUAAAGCUCGGAAAUCUCUUCCUCACUGGGGACAUUCAGUUGCGGAUUGGCGAUUUCGGUUUGGCGACAGAGAUUGAUGGCGAUCAUGACAGAAGACGGACAUUGUGCGGUACACCGAACUAUAUCGCUCCAGAAAUCCUCGAAAAAGUCGGCCACUCUUUCGAGGUCGAUAUCUGGUCGUGUGGCUGCAUCCUGUACACACUUCUGGUCGGCAAGCCUCCGUUUGAAACUCCACAUCUUCGACAAACGUAUGCGAAAAUUCAAAAGGUUGAAUACUGCAUCGACCCUGUCCGAGUUCCACCGCUUGCUAAGGCUAUGAUCGAGGAAAUGCUGCAGAAAAACCCAAAGAAACGUCCGACGGCCGUCGCUGCAUUGAGUCACGGCAUCUUCACAGAAAGCGCUCUGCCGGCCGCUCUACCUGAAUCGAUUCUGACGACCGAACCUCGACUCAAUCCUAGCACGGCACGUCGACCGUUGCGUGAAUUCAACGCCGGCAAUCUGCCGCCAAUCGCCAAUGGAGGCAGCGGGUCUCGGGAGUGCGUCGAAGAUAAAGACGUCGCUCUGAAACACAUCAACUCGCUCGAAGAACAGUUGGGAGCUCUUCUUAAAAGCGGCUUCGUUGAGACAGAACUGUUACCCCUUGAGCAAGACAACGCGGCUGAUCCCGCGGCGAUGCCCGUCUACUGGGUUUCAAAAUGGGUCGACUAUACGGACAAGUACGGCCUCGGCUAUCAACUCUGUGACAAUUCCCUUGCCGUCCUCUUCAAUGACCACUCACGUAUGGUACUUCUCGGCGACAAGCAGGUCCAUUUUAUCGAUCACCAGAAUCGCGAAAGUUAUCACACCAUCGACGCGUACCCAAAGGACUUAGAGAAGAAAGUCGUACUCCUUAAAUACUUCAGGCAAUAUAUGCAACAGCACUUGAUGACAGCCGGUGCGGAUGUCCCGGUUCCAGCUUGUGUCGACGUGGCGCGUGUUCCUUACCUGCGUGUUUGGUUCCGAACUCAGUCGGCGAUUGUCCUUUUUCUAUCCAAUGGCACGUUACAGCUGAACUUUUUCCGCGACCACACGAAGAUCAUUCUCUGUCCUCUUAUGGGAGCUGUCUCGUACAUUGACAAGCUGAAAAACUUUCGCACGUACUCGUUGGCGACGAUGCAUCAGGCGUGUCCUGCUGAGCUCUCUGCUCGUCUGAAGUAUACAUUGACGAUCUGUGCGAAAGUGAGAGAGCACUUGACGCGGGUGUGACAACAGAACGAAUCUAAUAGGAGAAUGAAGCUUACCAACAAUCAUGAGCCGUAAAUGAUAUUUGUGUAUAGUGCCUCGAUCUGAGGCGUGCUUUCUGAAACUGCCCGUUACUACAGACUACUUCACAUUUGUGGAGCAUAAAUUUCUUACAUGACAAACGAUGACCGUUUUUUUUUACAGAGAAGAGUCAAAUAUAUAAGGAAAUGAUCAAUUACUCUUCUUUUAACCGACUUUUACAAAUGUGGAGAAGCAACACGAGCUCAUAUUAGCUCGAAUGAUACUAAUCGUACAGAAAUAAACAUUGAUUGCUGUAUUUAGCUUAUCACUAUAGAGUAACGUUCGCAGCCUUUUAGAAAAUUUUAUAUUCGUGAGAAGAAUAUAAUCGCUUUGAGAACAUUGUACGAUCUCUUGUAACUUUAGAAUUUUAUAGUGCCUUUUAUAACUUGCGUAAGAUGUAGCUACUGCUUAGACAAGGUCAUCUGAGAGUACCAUUGAUAAAAAAAGUAGUAAAGCUAAAUUUUUAUGCUGCAACCGCCCGGCUUCAAGUUCCAUUCAACUCCCCAUUUUUAGGCCAAAAUUUCAUCCUGAGCGCUUUUUCGAAGUUAAUUAUUAAAUAAAAUGAAACACUUCAGCACUUGAGAAUAAAUUUAUCUUUCGAGAGCAAGCAGCUUAGUCAAAAUCUGUUGAUUAUCUAAUAUUUGCCGUUGCUUCCUCAGAAAGCACAGCAUGCGUUUCCAUACAGUUAUGCGCUACGACCCCUGCUAUGUAACAGAAAUUUUGGUUCUUUAUAUUAGAGACUGAGGUCAUACAAUAGCCGAAUUGGUAAAAAUAUAGAAGCAAAUGGUCAUCGUGAGUCCACUAACAUGACCUGUAUGAGUCGGAUAGAGUUGUGGUACACUACUGAGUCAACCCUUGUCAAUAGCAUAAAUUCUUUGAAAUACACACACAUACAUAUACGAAAUAAGCUCCAUUUCGUGUACAUACCAUAACUCCAAAGUCGACUUGCGUUGACCGCUGCCCGACCUAUGAAAGCGCAAUAGUUCCACAGAGCUACUACCUAAAUGUAGCAUCGACGCAAAACUGCAUCUUGUCCUCUCUUAUGCCUUUUAGAAAAUAGGCGAAUGUCUAGCUUGACAAGGGGGUGGCCAAGUUGAGAACGUUAUUAAUAUUUCUUGUGUUAAACGAAAGCGCACCACAAACGCAAAGUCGGAAUAUGGAAAUAUUUUCUACAUAUAUAUAAUUAGGUAUGGGAAUAUAGUUUAUACACGUUUACUAGAAAUACUGCGUCGGCAAAUUACUUAGUAGUUACUGAAUAUAGCUCAUAACUUUUGCUUCUAAUACUACCCAUCUAGAAAGGUGUUGGGCCAACCGAGGUGUAACGAAGUGAAUGAAUUUGACUGCAAUUACUGUUUACUCGUUAACACUAUGCAGCUCGCAAAUCGGACGCACCGAUACGCGCAGUAGAUAUUAUCAUACGUUUCUUGUUGGGAUGAAAAUUGGGAACAAAGGUGCGUUGUUAUACACCGAGGAAUAUGACGACCCGUCUAAAACUAAAUAUUAUAGCGCGUUGCGAUUACGCAGAAGUGAUUAAUAAAGUGUCAAAGAUUGACAUGAAA